AUGGCUACCAUCACAACUUCUUCUUCUUCUACUCGCCUCACAUCUCUCCCACAAGAACUCAUCCUCUGCAUUGCCGCCUUCCUCGCCAACACAGACCUCAGCCGCUUCUCCCGCACAUGCAGAGACUUCAACCGCUACCUCAGCCCCGUGCUCUACGCCCGCGACGCCAAGCUGCCCCUCAGCCAGGCGCUCCAGUGGGCAUGCAAGAACAGCGAGCCCGGCACCGUCACCAAGGCCAUCGCCGCCGGCGCCGACUUCAAAACCGCCGAGUUUGAAGGCUGGGUGCCCCUCCACCGCGCCUGCUACGAGGGCAAGAUCCCCAUUGUCUCGGUGCUGCUCGCGCACGGUGCAGACCCCAACCAGCCGGGGACAUCCAAAUGGGGGCCUCUCCACCACUCGGUGCUUUCGCACAACGCCGACGUCAUGGCCCUCCUACUGAGUAACAGCGCAGACCCCAAUGUCGCCACCGUCAUAGGCGAGACAGCCCUCCAUUUUGCCUGCGGCGAAGGCAGUCUCCCCAUGUUCACCCUCCUCCUCAACCACGGCGCAGACCCGUGCGCGGCCACAAGCUACGGCACCACCCCGCUACACUCGGCCAACCAGUUCCGUGAUGCCGGCCCAGCCGUCGUCAAGACGCUUCUAGAGCGCGGCGCCAACGUCGAGGCCCGUCUGGACAACGGCUUCACGCCUCUCCAUGAAGCAUGCCGCACCGGCUCGCCCAGCGUAACCGCCGCGCUGCUCGACCACGGCGCGGAUAUCGCAUCGCGGGCGAAUCUAGGCGAAACGCCACUCCACGGCGCAUGUCGCGCGGGGUCUGUAGAGACGGCGAGGAUCUUGCUGGACCGCGGCGCAGACAUCAAUGUGACGGAUGCGAGCGGCGAGACACCGCUCAAUCUGGCCGCGUUUUCGCAGCGGUUGGCUGUCGUGGACAUGCUGCUGGCGCGCGGGGCCGACCCGAAUAUAGCGUCGGAGCGCGGCUCGACGCCGCUGCACGCAGCGUGCAUGUAUAGCGAUGUGGCGAUUAUGAAGGCUCUGCUGGGCGCGGGGGCUGACCCGUCGGCAAGGACGACGCGCCAGGAGGCGCCGCUGGACUUGGUCUGCUGCGGGUUCAAGGAUAGCGUGGAUGCGGCGCGGACGCUGGUUGCGCAUGGGGCGGAUGCGAGAGCGCGGGGACGCCUGGGGAUGACGCCGCUGCAUAGUGCGGCGCGGACGGCGCAUCGCAUGUUGACGGAGUAUCUGGUGGGCAUGGAGGGCGUGGAUAUCAAUGCGCGGGAUGAUGAGGGGGUUACGCCGCUGGGGGUUGCGCCGUUUGGGAAGCGGCAUCAAGCUGUGAGGCAGGUCUUGGAGGAGCAUGGUGCACAGUAG